UGUACAUUUUAUAUUAUUCGAAAUAUAAAACCUACAAUAACUACGAAAGAAAACAUGUUCAACAUGGUGAAACGGUGCUACAAUGAAAAUGGUCUAAAGAAUAAAAAUAAUUAACACCAAAUAUGUGUUCUCAUUAAAAAUGAUUAUGUGUAAAAUGGAUUUUUCGGUUUUGUGGAACCAGUUAUUAUUGAAUCCUACAACGGUCUGCUUCCAACCAAAUUCCUUAAUUGAUGGAAUCCAGUUAAUUACUCCCUACGUCACAUCGGGCGAUACUAAUUCAUCAGUGAGCUCAGAAAGCAGUACACCCCUUCAAGAAAACGAGAACGAAGUAGACGACGAUAAUAAUUUGACAAACGAUGAGGUUAAUGAAAGUGAGGAUAAUCAAGAAAUUAAUUCCAGUAAAGAGGAUAAAGUUUCGCAGAAAAAAUCUAUUCAAAGAGUAAGAUAUUCAAAAGAAGAAUAUAGAUGCACACAAUGUCCAUACACGUGUACCACAGAAAAAGCCUUCCUACAUCAUCUACGAUGGUGCGAAUGCCAAAAUUCGACCUCAGACAACCAUCUACUUUCUUGUCCUAUAUGUGGUAAAGAUCGGCGCAACGAAGAAACACUUUCUGUUCAUAUGGCCAAACAUAAACAAGAUAAACAUUUUUGUUGUGAUAUUUGCAAAUUUAAGACCCUUCAACUGAAAAAGCUAAUACAACAUCGAAGAAUGCACACAGGCGAAAAACCGCAUUUGUGUCCUUUUUGCAGUUAUAGAUCAUCCAGAAGAGAUAAUCUACGAUCACAUGUUAGACGAGUCCACAAAAAAGAAGAUUUACCAUGUGAUACUUUUACACCUAGAAGUAUGGUGCUAUCUCCAAGAAAAUUAAAUUAAUAAAAAAUUUAAAAAUCUUAAACUAAUAAAACUAAGAAAAAUGACUUGCAAUAUAAAAAUUAUAAACCACCCAACUAAUAAUUGUGAAUAAAUAAUACCAAUCUAAAAAAUAAAAUACGUGUAUGUGUUGUAAAUUUUGACGUUAAUAAUGUAAUUGCCACACAAUUUGCAGUGUUGGUUUGUUUAAAUCCUAGAACGUGAAUAGAGUAUAUAAUAACGUCAUUUAACAUAUAUUGUUUAUUGUUUACUUUGUUAUCAAAUGAUAAUCAAAUAAAUAUGAU